UGUGCUGCAUUCUUGGGUUUUUUCGUGCGGGUAAUUUUUCUAUAACAUUAUUUUCAUCAAUUUGUUUAAACUAAUCGCCUCAAUAAAAGUUACGUUUUACUUAUUUAAAUGCACAAACAACCAAUCUAAAUGUUAAUCGAGUGUUUUGUUGCGUCCCUCGAUCUGAAUCUGAAAAAUUUCAAACUUAUUAAAUUUAUAAAUUUCCAUUUCCACACAUAGUACAAAAUUUCGCUGAGGCUGAGGAAGGCGAUAGGCAACGACUACGACAGUAUACAGUAAAAUAAAUAAUCGUGAAAAGAAAAUAAAAAUUCCCCCAUUUUCAGUGCAGUUUUUCUCAUUUUACACAUAAAAUCAUCCGAGUUCGAGUGGGAGUGAAAAUUCUAUCAAACUUUUUUCUAAAUUGUUUAUAAAAUCAUAAUUAAAAAAUUUUAUCUUAAAUAAAAAGUACCCCUAGUAAUUAAAGUGAAUUGAAAUUGAAAGAAAAAGAAAAAUGUGUGGUUGAGAUUGUAAGAAGGAAGAAAAACACCCGCAAGAGUGAAAAAGGGAAAUUUUCAGUGUCGUGCUCAUUGGAUGACGAAAAUCAUUCUAUCUCUGUUUGUUGCAACGUUUGUGAAUUUUGUGAUAACUAUUUUGCACUCGCUCGCUCUUAUUUGACAGAUCAAGGCAUAAUUAUUUUGUUUUGCUUUCGAGUAGGUAGUGUAAAACUGUAAAUUAUUAAAAGUCAGAAAAAUACUGUUAAUUCUACAAUAAAUGCUGCCGCCAUAGAUCCGAAACUCUACACGACAUUUAAACAACUUGAAAAUACUAUUUCUUGUUGUGAAUUGGCUUUUAUUACAUUGAUAAACCUAGUCAAAUAAAAUUACACUAAAAAGGGUUGAACGUGAGGGAAAUUGGAUAAAGCAGAGUACCUACUGGGAAAACAGGCAAAGGCAAAGGCAAAAGCAAAAGAGCCACAGAGAGGAAGUGCAAGAGUUUAUUUUACAUUGAAUUCUGUCCAUUUACGACAACGACAAGACAACCGCACUCAUCCCGUCGUAUAAAACAAAAUGGCAGUUGAAUGUUAAAUUGACUUGGACUUGGGGACCUGGGUGUGAAUGAACUAGUAGAAGAGGCGAACUACUGUCGUCCACCGCGGCGGCGAACACCGUGAAAUCGGGACACGUUCGUGUUUCAAUCGCCUUUGCCGUCAACACCGCUGGUUACCUAUUUUUUUUUGUUGUAAUUUCCAACUUGCCACUGCUCUUUUUUUUUGUGUGUUGGAUUUGAAGCCUCUGGUUUGUAGGCUUUGGUGGCUUAAAAAAACUAUAAUUCCCUUUCGUAUUGUGGCUGUGGGGUGUGCUUUGCAUCUGGGAAGAAAUCUAUUAAGUAACUUCCCAAUAAUCUUAUGGAAAAUCAAACCAGGUGACGGACGGAAAGAAUAAUCGGAAUCAGACUAUCAUAUGGGUCGUCAACUGAAAAUCAACCACCAUUCAAAUCUACACCCACUACCGCUGAACCCCGUCGUGGUCGUCGUCGAAAAACAAAUGGUGUUCGAAACCUAGAGAGGAAGUACCUACAUCAAAAAAAUAAAAAAGAGGACAAUACAACAAAGGCAGCUGAAACGGGCGAGGACACAGUCGGUUGGUCGUUCUUAUAAAAUAAAAACACACAAUUUGUUCCUAAACGAAACAAAAAUAUAUCUAAACGAAAGAGUGCUCCUCAAUUGAAUGAUGAUGACUUGACUUUAACCUUAACAUGUCGCUGGAUCCUAGAGUCUGAAUUAUGCUUACAGACAUGAAAUUGAGAAAUGAAAAUUGAAGAUUUUAUUCAUCGUCGUCAUCAUAAACAACAUCAUCUCGCUAUUGCUUCUUCUUCUACUGCUGCUACAUCAGCAAUAGUUUCUACUCCAUCAUCUUUGCAGUCGUCGUCAACGUCGCCGCCGCCGUUGCCGCUGCCGCCGACGUUUCAAUUGUCAGGAACUACUAAACGAUCAUUAUCAACAUCAUCUCUUUUAGCAAUUAAUGCACCAUCAUCAAAAAAGAAUCAUAAAAAUGAUGAAACAAUUUGUUCUACGAAAAUGAGCAAUGAGAGCAAUUCAAUUAUAAAUGCAACAACAGCAGUACCGAUCAAGAAUGGCUUAAAUGGUUCUUAUAAUACAACUUCCAUUACUCCCAUUAUUAGUACAUCAACAACAUCAUCAUCUUUAUCAUUGACAUCAACUUCAUCAUCAUCAUCAUUCAAUAAUAGUUCUUCAUCAUCUUUGUUGUCGUCGUCAUCAAUUAUUGCAGCAGUAGCUACUGCAACAGGCGCAUCAUCUACUUUAUCAUCUACGUCGUCAUCAGGAACCAAUAUAGUGGCGGCUGUAACUGAUAGUAGAAUACACGUUAGUCGAGCUAAUCCAAUUCAUUCGAAUAGCAGCAAUCAACAACAUCAUUAUCAUCACAAUAAUAACAAUAAUGGAACGACGAUAUCAGCAUCGGGGGCGACGACGACAACGACAAUAUCGGGCGGCAGACAUAGCAGUAGCAACAUCAACAACAGCAGCAGCAGCAAUAGUGCAAUUUCGCGGAUAAAAGUUGAACCGGUUGAAAAUAAUGGUGGAUCGGAUUAUUCGGCGGCAUGUAAUAAAGGUGGUGGCGGUGGUGGUGGAAUGGAUAGUGAAAUUGUUGGCAGGAUACAAACAACUUCAUCAGCUUCAUCGUCGUUGUCAAUGGCAACAGCAGCGGCAGGAACGACUGGUAGUGGGGGUGGUGAUAACAGUAGAUCAGGCAUCGGUGGAAGGUUGCAAUUUUUUAAAGACGGAAAAUUUAUUCUUGAAUUGGCUCGAGCCAAAGAGGGUGAAAAAUCUGGGUGGAUAUCUGUUCCACGGAAACAAUUUCGAUCGCCGUCAGCCACAUCCUCGACCGUUACGCCCACAUAUCCCAAAAACGAAAGUUCAACAUCAUUAAGUUUUUCGGAUGAUAACAGUUCCAUACAGUCAUCUCCAUGGCAACGUGAUCAUUGCUGGAAGCAAUCAACACCUCGCCGUGGCAUUUCAAAGGAAAUGUGUUUUUAUUUCAAGCGUUCAAAACAAACGGUAGUCUCGCUGAAUGGCUUGAAAAGCGCUCGAAUAAAACGUCGAAGGCCCUUAGACAAUUCUGUGUGUAAAACACCAUUUAGACUGGCAAAGAAUGGAAGUAGCAUAGCUGCUGACGUUGUUGAUAAAAAAGUCAAAAUAGAUAAAGAAAACAUUCAUGAUAAAAAUGACGUGAAUGUUGACGAAGACGAAAAGAAUAAUGCGAUGGAUGAAGAGGAAAAAAGUUCUGAUGAUUCGAGUACAGAAAAAGAGGGUUCCGUAAGAGAGGUAUCUAAGACUCCAACUCCCGACUCACAAUCUUCCGAUACUGUUGAUGGAGCGACUUCUUCGUCGCCGUCAUCUAAAACUGAAUCAAUAGUAACCAAACAACAUCAACAAAUAACAACGAAACAAAAUAACAGAAUAUUGAAUGGAGAAAAAAGACUUAAAUCCCGAGCUAAGCUCUCAACGAUUAUACAGAAACUUCUUGACCGACUGCCGACAGGUUUGUACCACUUGUCGAAAACACAAAUUAUUGGAGGAGGAGUCACGGCCUCACAGCACCCGCACAGUCAUCAUCAGACCCAUUCGUCGCACCAAAUGCCAUCGACAUCGUCUAGAUUAGCAUCUGAGUUGCAUUACCACCAACAACAUGUUUCGCCGCGCAAAAGAAUACUCAGAGAGUUUGAAAAAGUGUCGCUAGAGGAUUCGCCAGCAGCUAAUAGUAAACGAAGCCGAGCGAAAGGUAACUCACCAGCUUCCGGAACAAUGCCCCUAUCACAGAUUCCAACUGGGCGUGGUGUGGCAGUUCCAUCGUCUAACAGCAACAGCAACAGUUAUGUUACCAAUGGCAAUCGUAUAGAGCCUACGGUGGUCCCGACUAACAACAGCAAUAUUACUCCCAAUAGCACCCCAACCCGGUUGUAUAGCAGCUACAGCAUCCAUUCGUUACUCAGCGGCAACAAUAGCAACUCCAGCAAUAGCAACAACAACAACGCAAACGCCAAUAACAGGUUAAAAGUUGAGCAUUCGGUGAAUACUCAAAGCAGUGGUGGGGCGGGAUACAAUGACCCUUCGUACCUGCGAGCGAUGCUGGCAUCACCUAAGUCACCAGAAGGCUGUACAAUUAACAAAUCGUCGCCGUAUUCAUCUUCCACGAGUGGCAGUGCCAAAAAACGAUCUCCCCCAUACUCGCCGAUUAGUGAAAUCCAUCAUCAGCAUCAUUCAAGAAAUCGGAGUCCCAACGUAGACUACGGAAACAUGCGUUCACCACCCGAAGCACACAACAAUAGAUCAUAUGGCAACAAUACUGCAAACUCCUCCUCCUCCCGGCUGACACCGCCCCACGGGUAUAUAUCUUCUCCGAAGAACUCCAACUCAACGGCGGGAAGCGACGGGUACAAAGUAAAGUCAGAGAAUUUAACUAAUUCUUCGCCCAAUCAUCAUUUCUAUUCACCCUACAUGAUGUCGCCAAAAUAUGUGCCGCCACCGAGUGCGAUUUCUCCCAAUAAUGCAAGCGACACGUAUCAUCCAAAGCUCAAAGGCGCGAGGUCGCCCAGCAGUCAGCAGCAGCAGAACUUGCGUGGUGGAAUCUUUCGCACUCAUUCGCCGCAAGCUACCACAAAUCACAGUAGCAUUCCUCGGGAAUCAUCUCCAAUUGGAAUGCAAUUGUCGCCAUCUCCUGGCGGAGGUGGCUCAGGAGGAGGAGGAGGUAUGACAACGUCAUCGUCAACGUCCACUCCAAGAACUGUACCAAAAAAGACUGUCUCUAUACGUAGACAAUUUGCUUCGCCAUCGUCUUCAUCGCCAAGUCCCGGACUGAGUGAGCAUUUAAAAAAUGCUGGCAACAGUAACAUGAACAGCAAUAGCAAAGGAGAAGAGCGAACAGCGAUGUCACCGGACAAUAGACGAACGCCAACUCAAGACUCAGCUGCUGCGGCCGCAGCCGUUGCGGUAAGUAAGUACCAUCAGCAAGCGGCAGCAGCAGCAAUGAUGCAACGCUCCUCACCUCUUGGUGGUGGAAGUGCAUCAUCACUUUACUACAUGUACCCGCCACCAAAUGGAUCACCGAGUCCGCAUCAUUCCUCUUCGUCACCAUCGCCGUCACCAUCAUCGUCAUACAUUCCGCAAUUGAAUCCAUAUUAUCACCCCUAUGUAUCGACAUUGGCUGCACUGCGCAAUCCUCUGUGGAUGCAUCAUUAUCCGGCAGCAGCGGCGGCAGCUGCAGCCGCUGCUGGUGCUGCUGCAGUAAUGAUGCCAUCGUCGGCUGCCGGACCAGUGCCACAAGGAGUGCCCUUCUUUCCAUAUAAUGGAGCUGCGGCAACAACACCAUCGCAUUUGCACCACUCAUCAUAUGCACAAAUGCAUUUAGCAGCGGCCGGCCAGCUGGGACUGCAGCCUCCACCUCCUCCCGCAACAAUGAAUCGAUCACCACCAACGACUGACGAUAGAAUAUCAACUAGUAGUAUUAAAGAAGAACAUAGUUCAGAUGUCCCUUUGAACCUUUCGAAACAUUAAAGAAAAGAUCGAUGCAUUGGGUCCAUUUUUAGCAAUGUAAGUCAAACAAUUCACUCUAUUUUUACUAAAAUAUUUAACAUAAACGAAAAACGACUAUUUUAUUGUAAUACAACAUAUUUAUAUCUUCAUAUAUAUAUAUACAUAAAUGUAUAUUAUAUACACAAUUUAUAUAUAUAUAUAUAGUUAUAAACUAAGAACGAAAAAGCAAACAAAAGAGCACACAUAAUUAUUUUGUAUUAAAAAUAUAAAACAAUUUGUUUUUAUUUAAAUUGUAAAAUUGAACAAUUUUUUAAGAAAACAUUUAUAAAUUAAUUUUGUCACUUGUAAAAAAUUCGAUAAUAAUAAUAAUGAUAUAAUAUAUUUUUACUGAAUUGUAUUUGCUAAAAAAAACAAAAAGCAUAAAACAAAACUAUUUUUUUAAACAAAAAAAAAACAAAACAAAAACAAAAAUUAUACCUAAUCUAUAAAUGUGAGGAGAAUGUUUUUCUUAAAAGAAUCUCAGCCGUUCAAGGUUUUUUUUAUUUUUCAAUAUAGACUGAAUGAAUUUUUAAUAUACAAACGAAAGAAAUUUUAAGAAACAAAACAAAAACAAAUUAGUUGGAACUACAAUUUUUUAAGAUCUACAUUAUAAAGAAAGUAUAUUUAAUAUUAAAUAUUUUGUAAAUGCUUUUCCGUACAAAGAGAUAAAAGCGAACAAAAUCAAAGUAUUUCCUAAUCAAAUUUAUAUAUGACUUAAGGAAACUUUAAACAAAACAAAUAGUUAAACAAUAAUAAUGACUACGAUCCACUAAGAUGAUGUAACAAAAUACAAAUUCAGGUUAACCAAAAUUAACAAAACACAAAAUGAUGUGCCUUUGAGAGGAUUUAAACAAAAAUAAUAUAACAAAAACAAAACAAAAGAAAAUUUAAUGAAAUGAAAUAAAAGAAUUUAACUAUUUACGAAUAAGAUCAAAAAACAAAAAGAAUGCAUUUUGAUACAAAAAACGAAAAGGAAGUAUUUUAAAGUGUGGAAUCUAGUAUGGGUUAUGAUAUAUAUUUGGAAUUAUGAUUAGAUAGUCCAAUUUUUAAUUUUUUGAUUUAAUUAUGUACAUACAUAUAGACAUUUACUGUUACUGUUGCUUAGUUUUCUUGUUCUUCUUCUUCUUAUGGUGCUUUUUGUUUGAGUACUAUUUUUGAACUUCGUUAAGUUAGUGCUACGAAUCCCAGUGAGAAUUAUUUUGUUUCCGUUCUUAAAUUUAAGAAGUGCGGACCAGUGAGCCAUAAGCUGAAGAUAAACAUUUUGUUUAAAUAUUUAAUUUGUAUUUAAUUUUGUUUUUAUUCAAAUACUCGUUCCCAUGUUCCGUAAUUUUUGCUAAUUUCAAAUUUCAGUUUUUGUGAUUUUAAGUCCUAAUUUUUGUUUUAAUUUUUCAUUGGAUGAUGUACCGAUGCGUCCUAGAAAGAUCUUUAAUUUCCCGUAGGAGAUUGGAUGAGAAUACUCAUUCUGUAGUUUGCUCAUCCAAAUAAGAUUCGUUAAGGAACUUAAAGUAUUUGUGUAAUUUAAAAAAGGAUAGUUCUUUAUCUUUAUAAAAGGCAAUGUCCCAGAUGUCACUGUCUCUGGUGAAUAUUGGUACUCAUUAAAGAAUCCUUUCGGUAGCAUUGACCUCCAAUCGUAGUCAAUGACUUGCAGUCAUCAGUUAGGAGACCUGUCAUUAACAUUAGAAUAUUUUUACUUAGAGUAAUACAAGAAAAGUUGUUCCCAAAUAGCAGUUUAACCUGUGUUAGUCUGGGGAGUACUUUCCAGAGUUUUGAUCUUUUAGCCCCCUCCUCUGGUUUGAUCUUGAUUUUCUUCACAUUUUCUUCUACAUCGUAAUAGGACUCUGGGACCAUUGAGAGUGCCAUUCCUUGGUUGUUUUGUUAACUUCUACUUCUUUACUUUCGAAUCUAACGUUCGAGUGAAGUGAGCAUUCCAUUCCAACACUAGUAUGGAGUUGAUGGAAUAUAGGAACUUAGUGGUUUUAGCCUUCACUUCUACUCGGUGCUUAUUUGAUAGGACAGAAAUUCAGGACUAUAAUACAUCCCAAAUUAUGAAAGGUAUUAAUAUUUUAUAUAAUUUUCAAAAAAAUAUCAAGGAAAACGAAAGGUUGCAUUGAUAGCGGUGUUGGAAUGGUGUCUUUCAAUUCAUUCAAUCAAUCCAUUCAGUCACUUUUAAUUAAAAUCUAAGUCCUGCUAUAUAAUAUCGGAGUUAUCAAGGUCCAUUUGCUGAAAUGAAACUUAAAUAUAUUUAAAGUUCAAAAUUUACCGUACGAAUUAAAGCUAAGGAAAAAGAGACACAUAAUUUGAAAUAUCAUGUAAAAUUUAUUAGGUCAGUUAUAUUUACAGUGGUGCUAGAAACAUGUUUUGCUACCCAAGAAUGUACAAUUUUUUUUUAUAUAUUUUCUAUAAUGUAAUUAAAUCAUACAAAAAUUAAAACAAGUUUAAAUAAUCCACUCAAUAAAUUAUGGUAACAAAAAUUUAAAUAAAUUAAGAAAUUCGUCUGCUAAAAACUAGCCGGAUUUUUGUCACUAAAUCUUAAAAAUUAAUAUUUUGUCCAAUUACCUUUAUUUUAAAUGACUUCUUGGUAUCGACGAGGCAUUGACAUGAUUAAAUUGUCGAUUAUAGAGACAGGAAUAUUCUCUCACUCAUUCUUCACAGCUGCAAAAAGAGAGCUUGUUGAAGUGUGCGUUCUCUUUCCAAACCUCCUUUUUAAAACUGCCCACAAGAUCUCGAUGGGGUUUAAAUCGCGAUAUUGGGACGGCCACUCUAAGACACAAAGAUAUUUGUUGCAAACCACUCUUUUAGCAGAUUUAAAGACUGUUUGGGAUCAUUAUCCUGCUGAAAAACCCAACGCAAAGGCAUUUCCUCUUCAGCAUAUGGCAGCAUUGUUGACUCCAAAAUAUCCCUAUAUUGAUUUGAUGCAUCAGACCAACGCCUGCACCGGAAAAGCAGCCCCAGACCAUCACCGAGGCACCACCGUGCUUAACCGUAGGGAGUACAUUUGCUGGCUUUAAACGUGUUCCUUUCAUUCUACCAUCGGAGUAAAAUAAAUUGAAUUUGAUUUCAUCACUGAAAAGCACACUUUUCCAUUUGCUUAUAGUCCAGUUCAGAUGUUCUUUGCAAAUUCAACCCUGAUUAAAUGUUUUAAUUAUGAAAUUGAAAGUCUUUCCGAUACACUUAUCAUAUUUUACCUUUUUUUACGAUGUUUUUCAGUAAGUAGAGGCUUUUUUGCUGGUCGCAACGCAUAAAGACCGCAUUCGCUUAAACGACUCCUUACCGUAGAUGGCGCUAUAGAUAAAUUUAAAUCCUCACAGAUGUUUUUCGAGGACGCAAAAGGGUCCUUAACAAAAUUCUUUACGCGCCUAUCUGUUAUAGCUGUUGUUUUGCGUGGGCCCGGGCAUCCACCACCAUGCUUCUACUGAUUUCCCGCUUCUAAUCUUUUUGAUAAUGUCAUAAACCGUUGAAGUUGGUAUUUUCAGCAUUUCAGCGAAUACAUUUUGUUUUGUACCGGCUUGAUACUUUUCUAACACUUUAUAAAGAAUAGCUUUUGUGUGACGUGUUUUAGCAAUUUUAUUAAUCGAAUUAAUUUCUAUUUAGACAGCUCACAACCUGCUUAGUUUUUUUUUAAUUAAUUUUGUUAUCCAAAUGACAAGAAAAACAGUAACCUAAACAUUAAGGCUCGAAGUUUUAUAUUAAAUCCGGUUAGUUUUGAGCAGGGAUGUUAUGGUUUAAAUUUAUAUAUUUUAUAUUUUUUUUACUAUCAGAUCAUUUUUUUAAAGUAAUUAUAAAGUUUACCAAUAUAUUUUUGAAAUAAGUACAAACAAGAAAUUCCCACUUGAUAUUAAGGAAGGCAUUAUAAAAAAAUCCGGAAUGUUUCUAGCUUCACUGUAGUUAAAAAAAAGUGUAUGAUCUUUACUUUCGGUUUCCUUCAAAAAUUUACCAAGAAAGUUAAAGUAACAAAGAGCGUGAAAAAAUUAAAUUAUUAGUUUUUAUCCAAACUUGUAAGAGAACCCAGUCUGAUUUUAUCAAGAACUUCUGUUUUCAAUAGAGAAAUAUUUGUAUUUUGUGUGAAACAUAACAUAAUUAAGACUGCAUAAUAAAAAAAAUGUCUUUCACCAAAGAAUUUCUUCGAUAAAUACUAAACAUGAUCAUCAACUUAAACGUGUAGGUCAUCUUAAUUAUUUGUCGAAAUUGUUCUAUUUUUCUGUAAACUCUAAAGUUUUAAAGAAUACUUUAAUGUUCACAGAAAAAUAAUUCUCUAUAUUUAUUGAAAUAUGCAGUUCGAUUUUUAAAGCAAAAAGAAAACAAACUGAAAUAAUGUACAGUAAGUCUGGAAAACGACAUUAGAUAGUCGAAGUUCGUAUGUUCGUAUUGAUUACAAAAGUAUAAAAUAAAAUUAUUCUUGUCGUCUUGUCUUAAUUGAUUUUAUGAAUUAAAAAGAAAAUUCUGGAGACAAGACGAUGAUUUUAAUUUAAAUGCAUUUUAUUCACAGAAUCAAUACAAAAACCUAACAAAGAACGUUAAACCUUGAAAAGAGGAGUCAAGUGUCACUUAAGUUGAACACACUUGUUGAAAUAAAACCUUCAAUUUUUACAAACUCACUGCUACAGAAAGGUCGUAUAGUGACACUAUUUAGACUUUAAAAUUUCAUUCUGAAUAUUAAGUUCUUUUUUAUUUUCAAAGAGAAAAUAUUUUGUUAUUAACUUGAAAUUCACAGUGAAAUUUCGAAGUACCUAACUUUUUCAUGAAAUCCUCUUUUUUCCCUUUGAGUCUUAGUCUAUGAGGUGACAUCAAAUUUUUUGUUUCAAUUUAUGUGUCGAUUGCCAAAUCAGUCGUCUAAUGAUAUUUUUAAGCUGCCUCACUAUUACAGGGGGUUUGAAAACGGGUUUUGUCUAGAAUUUUGCUUAAAGUGUCGCCACAACAAAUCAGAAGCUCCCCAAAUUCGACGAAAACUGCGGAAAAGUACAUUUACAUUGAGAAGCAUCUCGUUGGUUGUGGCAGCACAAAGAAAAUGUUAUAAAUUGAAACUAAAAAUUCGCCUAAAGCUCUCUAUGUAGAUAAGAAUCAUUUUCGAAGAUUGAAAAGAAGAUGAAAAGAAGACUGAAAAGAAAUGUAUUGGUUUUUCAAAUUCGGAUACGAUCGAUUUCUAUAGCCAAGCUGUAUAAUCGCCUUAGUGUGCACCGUGAAUAUCUCGAAUCGUAGUUUGGUCAUUUUGAAAAAAUCAUCAAAUCAGGAAUUCAAUCUGUUCACGAAGGAUAACCUUUUCAUACCGAAAAGUUCAAGUCUUAGAUCAACCCACUAUAAUUUCGUUCAUCUUAAUACGUGAAGUUUUUGUUUACUAUUAGAAAAGAAUUUUUGUUUAAAAAGUAUUUAAAAUUACAUUUUUCAAAUCUUACCUUUCACAUAAAACACACGCAAAAAUGGUACAUUACUUCUCUGUUUUUUUGUUGAUGCCAUACUUAAUUUUUUUGGGUGGAUUUAACAAAAAUUGUUGAUUUUUUUUAAGAUUUCAUUUUCCAAUUAUUCAUUCAUUUUAAGAAAAUUUAGUUUAAAUUAGGAUAGGUGUUUUUUCAAUAGAACAAAAGACACAAUAGUCUUCCAGUAUUUGAAUGCAAACGAAACAUUGCAUAUACCCAAAAGCAGGGGUUUUCAUACCUCUCUGUUUUUACGCUGUACUCUCCAUUAACAACAAAAAUUGCUAUAGGCGUUUACAGUGAGCCAAAAAGCCAAUUACAAAUAAAGUGUAGUUAAAUCCGAAAAAGAAAAUAUGACUUAAGCUUUCAAUGGUUUUCAUCAUUAAAAUCAAUCAUGGGAAUAUUUUUGCCAGGUUGUUUAUAGCGAUCAUUAAAAAUGUCUGUCAUUGAAAAAAAAUCGUGAUUGAAAUCCACCGAAAAACUUUUACUGACCAAAAUCUGUCAUUGGAAUCGUGUGUAAUUAGAACAUAGAUCAGUGGAACGAUUCGUUUCACUUUUGAACAUAAGAGUAUCAACUGUUCAGGAAAUGAAUUUCCGUCUGGAAAAUAGAAAAAUACAUUUUUAUAGAAAAAUAAAUUCGCAAUUACACUCUUUAUUCUUAAAAAACUUCUUUUUGUGAUUUCCGAUCAAUCAGUAUAAGAUUUUCAUUUCUAACCAAAGAGAAACACCAUCAAAUAUCGAUUCAAAA